AUGUCUUGGCUUUUUGACUGGUUCUCUGGAGUUCUCAACUAUUUGGGCCUUACAAAAAAGAGUGGAAAAUUGGUAUUCCUUGGUCUUGAUAACGCUGGAAAGACAACUUUACUUCACAUGUUAAAAGAUGACCGGAUUGCACAGCAUGUCCCAACACUUCAUCCAACUUCUGAAGAAUUAUCGCUAGGUGGCAUUCGCUUCACAACUUUUGAUUUGGGAGGACACGUCCAGGCGCGUAGAGUGUGGAAAAGCUAUUUUCCGGCAUUGGAUGCUAUUGUAUUUCUUGUGGACGUUGCUGAUUUGGAACGGAUUCAAGAAGCUAGGGAAGAGCUUUGGAGUUUAAUGCAAGACGAGCAAGUGUCUAGUGCACCAAUAUUGGUUUUGGGAAAUAAAAUUGACAAAGUGAAUGCGUUGGGUGAGGACCAGCUUAAAUAUUAUUUGGGAAUUCAGCAAUAUUGCACAGGCAAAGGCAACGUUUCUCGUGCUGAUUUGGCAACUCGACCUCUUGAAGUAUUUAUGUGUUCGGUGCUUCGUCGACAAGGAUAUGGUGAAGGUUUUCGUUGGUUAUCCCAAUACCUCGAUUGA